UGUCGACGUCAGGGGAGACACCAAAACACAACCUGAAAUAUGCUGUGAUAUUCUGGAGAUGUUCGGACUUAAUAUCUUUAUUACUACUGUCGAAGGUUUCUAGUUAAGCAUACACAGUGAUAUGAGUACAAAGGAAUUGGUAAAAAACUGAUAUUAACGUAAAUAUGUCUUUAGGCCUCGCCCAAGAUGGCUGGUCGUCGAGACACUUUACCGAGGUUAAUGCAAGACAACAUAUUUAUCAUAAUAUGUGACUAUUUGUGUCAACAGUUUACGGUCAAACACCACAUACUUGUAGUGUUGAUAACACGGAAGGCGGUCAACUAGAUACUCCUGUUAGCACGCAACAAGACCACCUCAAGGCCGUCUAUGGAGGUUACGCAGUACCCCCGAACCGUGGAGCUUGGAACACGUGUUGUGACGUUCCCCUCACCGGAACUUCAGGAGCUGAAAGACUCGAACCAUUUACUCGGAAACACUCAGGCAUUGCGAGACCAACUUCAACAACAAGGGUACCUAUUUAUCAGGGGAUUUCACGACAGAAAAGAAGUUCUGGAAGCCCGGGAGGCGGUAAUUCGACAUGUGGUUUCAGGUGGCGAUGGAAAGAUACAGGAACCCGCGACCAAGGGAGUGUUGGGUGCUAGAUGUGGUAUCGGGUGUAUUCCCUUCAUGGAGGGAAAAAAUGACAUUACACAUGCUAAGGAAGUCAUCCGUGUCCUUGAGGGUCCUAGACCCAAAAAAUUCUUCAACGAAUUGUUCGGUUCCGACUGUGCUACUUUUGACUACAAAUGGUUAAGGGGAAUCCACCGCCGCGCGUUCACCGGGGCGCACGUGGAUAACGUGUACAUGGGGCGUGGCAGCCAGAGCCUGGUGACGCUGUGGACACCGUUUGGUGAUGUGAGUGUGGAAAUGGGAACACUGUGUAUGUGUGAGGGAUCACACAAGCUCGACAGCUUUAAACGUUUCCAGGAAACAUACGGUAACUUGGAUGUCGAAGCAGCCAAUCUGAAAGGUAGCGGCUGGUUUACAUCAGAUCCUGAUGAGAUCAGUGCUGGGUUUGGUGGUCAGUGGAAAACAACAGAUUUCAGGGCUGGAGACGUCCUGCUGUUUACCAUGAGGACUGUCCACAUGUCCACAUCUAACCUGACAGAUUUUCUACGGAUAAGCUGCGACACCCGGUGGCAGCCUGCCUGUGAUCAGUUAGAUACGAGGUUUAUGGGUCAAUUUGAAGUUGAAAGCGGUGCAAAGUUUGGUCUGAAUGCAGAGGGUGACAAGAUAUCGAAUUCAGUAACGAUAGAAAUGUUACGCAAGGAGUGGGGAAUCUAACAUAAAUAUAUCGGCAAUGGUUAUAAUGCACUUUAUGUAAUCCCUAUUUUUUGAGAUUCGAACGAUUGUACAUAAAAGUGUAAAAAUGGUCAUAUGGAGCCGUAAAUGGUCACUUUGUUUGGCUUAUUACAUCUCCUUAAUUUUUGUUUUUAUUUCUGCGUCCUUAUUUCGUAUUUCUUGCAAUUAUUUUACUGUUGAUGAAAUAAGAAACCGUAUAAGGAUAUGAACAGAGUCAGUGCUUGUGACUAAGAUAUAGCUUCCCGUUCAGUAUUCGAUUUUGUUAGUGCCAUCGUAGUAUUGGUGAAUAGCUGUUCAGAUUUUUAAUAAUUGAUUAUUUUUCACA